AUGUCUGAGCGAGAGUGGUCAGAUUCUUCCUCAGGAUCUUCAAGGGCAGCCCAUCUGCAUUUAGCUCAAAUCCCCUCCCAGGGAUGCAUAAUCGGGUUGCCAGUUCCUAUGGAUCUGGCCUCAGACGACAGAAUCUGGAGUAUCUAUGUCAAAUCAGAAGAGUACAGAGACUGCCAUAAGAAUCUGGAAGUCCAAGUAGGACAGCUGGCUAAACAGUUGGCGGAUCGACCAUCAAGCAACUUUAGUGCUAACACCGAGAAAAAUCCAAAAGAGGAGUGCAAAGUUGUCAUGACAAGGAGCAGAAUGGCAACCCAUGUUGAUGAAGGAAAAGUUGAGAAGAAAGUGGAGGAACAUAAACAACAACUGGCAGCUGAGCCAGCACUAGAACCUGUUUCUGACUUAGUUGAACUUGAGGAAGUUGUGGAAGAUGAAGAUGACCAACAGGAGAGAGAGACACCAAUAAAAGAAAGCAAGGAGGUACCAUAUCCAUUGGUACCUUCCAAGAAGGAUAAAGAGCGACACUUAGCCAAAUUUCUUGACAUCUUCAAGAAGCUGGAGAUCACAUUGCCUUUUGGAGAAGCUCUCCAACAGAUGCCACUCUAUGCCAAAUUUUUAAAAGACAUGCUGACGAAGAAGAACCAGUAUAUACACAGUGACACGAUAGUUGUGGAAGGAAAUUUUAGUGUUGUUAUUCAACAUAUCCUUCCACCAAAGCAUAAGGAUCCCAGAAGUGUCACAAUACUAUGUUCUAUUGGUGAAGUUGCAGUACGCAAGGCUCUUAUUAACUUGGGAGCCAGUAUCAAUUUAAUGCCACUCUCCAUGUGCCGGCGACUUGGAGAGUUAGAGAUAAUGCCCACUCGCAUGACCUUACAGUUGGCUGAUUGCUCCUUCAUAAGACCCUAUGGAGUGAUUGAAGACGUUUUGGUUAGGGUCAAACAUUUGAUCUUUUCAGCUGAUUUUAUAGUGAUGGACAUAGAAGAAGAUGUUGAGAUUCCCCUAAUUCUUGGACGACCGUUUAUGUCUACUGCAAGCUGUGUGGUAAACAUGGGAAAGAAGAAACUACAAAUGGCCAUAGAAGACCAGCAGAUCAGUUUCGAUCUGUUUCAUGAAGAGAAAGCAUUGCCUGACCAAAAUGUUUGUUUGAAGGUGAAUGUGAUGGAUGAGAAAAGAUUGGAGAAGAAGGUUCUGGAAGUUGGAACCUUGUUGGAUCCAGGAUAA